CUCGCGUCGGGAGCCGCCUCUCCCCCGCGGCGCUCGCCCCUGCUCCCCGCCAGCCUCGCCUGUCCCGCGGCCGCGCUCAGACAACAAAAGCGGAAGAUGCUGCACUUGGGCAAGGUCAGGACCUUGCCCUGAAGCCGGGCGGCGGCGCGCACGCCUUUUCCCGGACUGAGGAGCUGUCGCUGGUGGCGGGUGCAUGUUCUCCAGGAAGCAGUCGGGCGCCGCGCCGUUCGGAGCUAUGCCUGUCCCAGACCAGCCUUCGUCAACCUCAGAGAAGACCAGCUCCCUGAGCCCUGGCCUGACCACCUCCAAUGGGGAUGGCUCAGAAACCGAAACCACCUCCGCCAUCCUCGCCUCGGUCAAAGAACAGGAAUUACAGUUUGAGAGACUGACCCGAGAGCUGGAGGCAGAACGCCAAAUCGUAGCCAGCCAACUGGAGCGAUGCAAGCUGGGAUCAGAGACGGGCAGCGUGAGCAGUAUCAGUUCAGCAGAAGAGCAGUUUCACUGGCAAUCACAAGAUGGUCAAAAAGACAUCGAAGAUGAACUUACAACAGGUCUUGAGCUGGUGGACUCCUGUAUUAGAUCCUUGCAGGAAUCAGGAAUACUUGACCCACAGGAUUAUUCCACAAGUGAAAGGCCCAGCCUGCUCUCCCAGAGUGCACUUCAGCUCAAUUCCAAACCUGAAGGGUCCUUCCAGUAUCCGGCCAGCUACCAUAGCAACCAGACCCUGGCCCUGGGUGACACGGCCCCUUCGCAGCUCCCUGCCCGAGGCGCGCAAGCCCGAGGUGCGGCCCACGGCUUCAGCCAGGUACGUGUGGGAACGGGGGUUCCACCGGGAGCAGGUGGGGAGCAGGGCUGCCAGCUGGCCACCGCGUUCCCUCCUCCCCUCUUCAGGCUUGCCCGGUAA